AGCUGUCCGCACAGCGUGGCGCUGAUCGCAGACGCCGAUCCUCCUGACUCCGGCUCGCGGCUCCCCCUAUUCGCUCAGCCGGCCGGCAGCCCCUUUAAGGGAAGCAGAGUGGUGUGUGCGGGGACGGCGGAGCAGCGGCGUGUUCCCGUGAUUGGAAGUGAUGGCUGAAGGAUUUAUCUUCCAGCAUUAACUUGGAGCGGCGAGGAGAUUUCACAAAGCCUCUCGCCAUCUGCCCCUGGAUGCCACUGGGGAGGGGAGCUCAGCCGUCCUGCCCGGAGUUGGACUUUAUACCGGACACCGAGAAAAAGUUUACUUGUGGCUGCAGGAGACCCGCCGCUCUGUGGAUGUGAGCUGAACGAGAGUCCUCCGGACCUGGCAUCCAGGAAUAGCUGUUUGAGAACAUUUCGAGAUGAAUAAGAGGACAGUUCAGGAAAAAGCUGCGGACAACCUUUGAGUCUCUUGUUUGGAUGUAAGAGUGGAAGAAUACAACUUAGUUCUAUGAACCUAUACUUCUCAACAUUACCACCUAAGGACAUAGAUUUUAUUUAGUAAAUCCUUUCUUGCUAAAAUCAUUCAAAAAUGAAAUAUGUAUUUUUCUGGAGUUGCAUCAAGAAAAAUGGACAGAUUUGGCGAUCUCAUGUUAUGUCUAGGAGGAGACAAUCAAAGUGUUGAUCGGUACUGUGUUAAGCAAUAGAUGUUUCAAUGCAGACAAAAAAAGAACUGGGAAUUUGGAAAAAUUCUAUGCAACACGUGGACUUUUCCAUGAAGGUCUGAGAUCUCCAGAUUUUCGAAUGUACAAAGCACGAACCUUGUCCUUUGGAGGUGGAGCACCCUGAAAGUCUCUGCACAUUUGUCAAUGAGGUGUUUCCAUGCUGAUCCUGACAGUAGCAGCUGAGCCCCCUAAAGAUUCCCCUUCAAGUCUCCUAGGCUUCUCCACUCCAGGAGGACGCUUUUGUCCCUACCAGUUACCAUGCUGCCGUUGUUUGCCCUUCUCGUACACUACCUGCCUCUGGCACUGGGACAUUAUGACAUCUGUAAAUCCUGGGUGACGUCUGAUGACGGCCCAUCCUGGGAAUAUUAUGCCUGCCAACCAAAGCCGAUGGUUAUGAAAGAGUAUGCCAUAAUUAGGGUGGACCCCCCUGGAAUUACAUGUGGGGAUCCAGCAGAGUAUUUUUGCACUCAUGAGAACCCGUACCUCUGCAGCGAUGAGUGCGAUGCCUCCACGCCUGACCUUGCCCACCCGCCUAGUCACAUGGUGGACAAAGACGAAGAAGGCCUGGCCACUUACUGGCAAAGCGUCACAUGGAAAAGAUACCCAGAGCCUCUGGUAGCUAACAUCACGUUAUCCUGGAACAAGACUAUUGAGUUAACGGAUGACAUUGUCGUCACCUUUGAGUAUGGACGGCCCACUGCCAUGAUGCUGGAGAAAUCAUUAGACUAUGGCAGAACUUGGCACCCUUACCAAUACUACGCUGAUGAUUGUAUUGAAGCGUUUGGCAUGACCCCCAAAAAGGUGGUGAAUCUCUUGGCGAGUAACGUCACCCGCGUGCUGUGCACAGAGGAUUACUCCCGCUGGGCGGGCUCCAAGAAGGAGAAAAACGUGCUCUUUGAGGUUCGAGAACGUUUCGCCAUCUUUGCUGGCCCAGAUCUGCGAAAGAUGGAGAACUUGUACACUCGGAUGGAGAGUGCAAAAGGUUUAAAGGACUUUUUCACUUUCACCGACCUGCGGCUCCGUUUGUUGCGCCCGGCGCUGGGUGGGACUUACGUGCAGCGGGAUAAUCUGAGAAAGUAUUUCUACGCCAUUUCCAACAUAGAGGUUUCAGCCAGAUGUAAAUGUAACUUGCAUUCAAACGCAUGUAACUUCCGAGAAGGGGCCCUACAAUGUGAGUGUGAACAUAACACCACCGGACAGGACUGCGGCAGGUGCAAGAAAAGUUUUCGCAACCGUUCCUGGCGUUCUGGCUCUUACACCCCAAUACCUCAUGGAUCUCCCAAUUCCUGUGCAGCAUCAGGUUCCGCUCUCGGCAUCUCUGAGACAGCAAGGCCAGAGGUCACCACAGCCAGACCAACUCAAACAACUGAACUAACCACCACUCAAGUGACACUUGUGCUUGACAUCACCCAAGUGGAUCGAGGUGUUCAGACUUCAGCCUUUACUUACAUCCUGAAGACAGAGAAGAAAGAAGAUUUCUCAUCAGUGGACACAAGUUCCUCUGUUGCAGCCCCCUUGCAGGUGGGCUCCCCUCCCUCACGAAAAUUUUACCACCAUACAGAAGCCCCUCAGAGCUCACCAACACCACCAGUGCUGGAACCUAAAGUCCAGCGCCAGGAAAUACCUGAAAAGAUCAGAGCUGCCCCUCCAACUUACAGAGAACCACCUCUGACUACUUCUACUGGCAAGAAACAUUCUAAAUCAGCAUCCUCAAAGACUUUUAUAGCACCUGAACCGACCCCGGCCUAUGUCAUCGAUGCGUUGGUCAAGAAUCCAAAAGAUUGCGAAUGCUACGGCCACUCCAGCCGCUGCAGUUUUAUCGACUUCCUGAAUGUGGUGACUUGUGUCAGCUGCAAGCACAAUACCAGAGGACAGCACUGCCAGCACUGCCGGCUGGGCUUCUACCGUAAUGUGUCUGCCGAGCUGGAAGAUGAGAAUGUCUGCAUACAAUGCAACUGUAACCAGCAAGGAUCAGAGCAUGAACGCUGCAAUGAAACUGGUGAUUGUGUGUGCCGGCCUGGAGCCACCGGGACCAAGUGUGAUGAGUGUUAUCUCGGCUACCACUGGAGGCAAGGCUGCCAUCCCAAUGUUUGUGAUGAUGAACUGCUCAUCUGCCAGAACGGCGGCACCUGCCACCAAGGCCAGCGAUGCAUCUGCCCCAGUGGCUUUAAAGGGGCCCUAUGCCAGGAUGCCAAAUGUGAUUCCACCCACAGGAACUGUGACUCCGCCUCCAGCACCAUGGUCAUCUCAGUUUUACUCCUUGUCUGUACACUCUUACUGAGCUUGGAAGGCAUUUAAAGCCCAUGACUAUGAUUGGCUGAACACACUGCAGGAGGUGUCUAUUUGUCACGUUACUCCCCUGUUAGGAAGAACCAAAAAAAAAAAAUGGGGGGGGAA